AUGAUCGAAGCCAAACGAAAUCGUAUAAUAACAUUUCAAUCACCCAUUUUGAUUCGUAAUGUUACCGAUGUUUUCUUCGGGAAUAAUUUCUGUUUUACAUUCCGAUAUUAUUUUCUUUUGGAAAAUAUUAUUACAUUGAAUAUAACGAAUGUCGACGAUGAUGAUGAUAAUACUGAAUCUGAAGAAAUAUGGCGACAACCGGGACAAAUUUCCGAUGAUUUAUGGCAAACCGGUCAGAUUGAAAUCGAUAAUCGUUAUAGGAAAUUUUUACUAACAUUUCAGGCAAUCGGUCAUUAUGGUUCGUUGGCAUUUACACAUUUUCGUUUAAAUGAACAACCUUGUUUUAAAUAUAUUGGUCAAUGUACAUUUGAAUAUGGUUUUUGUGGAUGGCAAAAUGAAAAAUCAAAUGAUAAUAAAUUUGAAAUUAUUCAAGCAUUCGAUACGGGAAAUCCAAAUGUUUUUGAUCAUACAACCAAUACCGGUGAUGGUCAUGUUUUGUGGGCAAAUUUUCAACCAAAACAAUCGAAAAGUGAAGAAAGUUCCCAGGAAGAUAAUGAUGAACAUAGAGCAGUUAUUAUUGGUCCAUCAUUGGCAAAAACAUUUGCUAAACAAUGUUUGGAAUUUUGGUUUAUGUUAGCACCGAAUACAAAUGUAAAAUUAAAUCUUUAUCUACGACCACAUUGGUUAAUUACAAAAAAAGGAGAAUUAUUAUGGUCAACAAAUGAAACACAUUUGGCUAAUGAAUGGAUUCGUGUACAAAUUUUAUUGAAAAAUAUUCAUUUAGAAUCGAAUCUAAUAUUCGAAGCUAUUACAAAUUCCGAACCUAGUUCAGUCGAAAUAGAUGAUAUACGGAUGAAACCAUUUGAAUGUGAUCGACCAAUUGAUUGUCGUUUUGAUCAAAAUUCUUGUGGUUGGAAAGAUAAUACAUUAGAUUUCCGUCGACGUCGUUGGCGUUUAGGACCAGGUCGUGUACAAUCAUCUGGAUCGCUACCAUUUCAUAGUUUGCCAUUAAAUGGUGAAAAUGUUCUGUAUACAGAUUUUACUGAUUUAUCACCGCAUGAAGGUGGUGGAUCAAUGGAAAUUUUAAGCGAAAUUAUUGAUGCACCGAGAACAUCAAAUGGUGGAUGUUUUAUAAUGAAUUUUAUUGUUAAAUCUUUUAACAUACGUAAUGAUCAAUUUAAAUUAUCAAUGAUACGUUUAACAAAGGAAAAGCAACAACGAACAACAUUAUGGUCAUUUGAUAAUAUAACCGAAACAAUUGGAAAACAAUCCCGAAUUCGUAUCAUUGUUCCAAGAAAUGGUCCAGAAUCAAUAAGAUUUUCAUUAUUGGCAAGAGCAAGUUAUGUUAAUACUUAUAUAGCUGUAAUAGGUGUUUUUUAUAGUGAUAAUAUUGAUUUUUGUACAAAUCCAACGCCAGCAACACCUCCGACGACUAUUUCAACCCAAAAACCUUCCGGAAAUAUUCUUGAUUGUACAUUUGAAUCAAAUAAUACUUGUAAUUGGAUUGCUAAUGGAAAUUUUCGGGUAAACAAAGUUCGUAAUAUACAAAAUUGGAUGAUGCCAACCAAAGAUCAUACUGAAAAUAAUUUAGAUGGACAUUUUGUUUAUAUUUAUUCGGAUAGAAAUUCACAAAGAAAAUUUGGUAAUCUUGAAGCAAAUAUUCAACAACAACAUUUAAAUUUACUGAGUAAAUCUUCAGGAAAAUCCCAAAUGAUUUAUCGUAUGUCAAUAUCGAAUACAAUUCGUUGGCAAGAAACUCGUUUAACAAUUGAUUUUCAAAAUCAAACAGAACAAAUUGAUCAAAUACAAUUUCGAGCAACCAUUGCAGAUGGUGUAUUAGCAUUGGAUGAUUUUAAAAUCCUUGAUGUUUAUCAAGCUAAACAAGUUCAAUCGGACGAAAAUCAAUUAUUAAUCGAUCAUACAAUGCAUACAUCUAUUGGUCAUUUUUAUGGUAUUGAUUUAUCGUCAUCAUCAUCAUCAUCAUCGACGACCACUAAUGUCGAAAUAGAAAAUUAUCAAUUUAUUAUUCAAUCAAACCGAUAUGAUCGUUCGGUUUGUUUACAAUUUUCCUAUUUGAUCGGCGAUGAUACUACCAUAAUUGCCGAUCCUGGAACGCGAUUAACAAUAUUUAAACAAGAUAGGAAAAUUUUCGAAACAUUCGAAAAUGUUGUAGAUGUUUGUUGGCGACUAUUUCAACCGAAUCAAUUCAAUCAAAAAUUUAUUGAUCACGAUAAAACAACUGGCAAUCAUGAUGGUAAAUAUAUCCUAUUGACUGGACAAAAUCCAUAUGAUCGUGCAAUAUUUUUUACUGAACGUUAUUCACGAUCAUCCGAUUUACUACUGAAUUCAAAUUCAUUAUGUAUUGAAUUUGCCCUGUUUAAACCAUCAAAUGAUAGUAUAUUAGAAAUUUAUCAAAGUGAAUCAUUGGAUAAUGGAAUGCAAGCAAUGAAAAUAUGGGAUACACGUGAACUGGUUGAUAAUGAUUGGAAAAUAUUUGAAAUAUAUGCACAGAUUGAGAAUCCAGAAUCAAUCGACCUAUAUUUUUAUUUUGUCGGUAUGAUUGGUCAGAAUCUGACAACAUAUAUAGCAUUGGAUGAUUUUCGUAUGAAACAACGAUGUGAAAAUCCUUCAAAUCAUCACCCAUAUUCCGGCACGAAUUAUAAUCUGAAAAAUUAUCAAGCAAUCGGUGAAUUGAAAUUGGAUGGUUGUCAACCAUUAUUACCAUCAAUAUCAUCAAAUUGUUCAUCAACCGAACGAUUUAAAUGCAAGAAUAAUGUUUGUAUACCGACAGCGUUUGUUUGUGAUAUGGAAGAUGAUUGUGGUGAUAAUUCGGAUGAAACCAAAUGUGAUUCGAAAAAAUUAACAGAUUUUGAAGAAAAUUAUGGCCUAUGGGAAUCGAAUGAUGAUGGCACUGGUAGUGGUUGGACGAUUAAACAAGCACGACAAAUGUCCAAUUUACGUAAUGGUCCUACAUAUGAUCAUACAACAAAAUUAUCAACUGGACAUUAUCUUUUUACCGAUACGGAUAUGGCCAAAAUCGAAAGUCCAUUGAUCAAUGUUACCACCAAAGAUGAUGAUUCCAAAAUCCAUCGAUAUUCAGAGGAAUUUGUCCCACCUUAUUUGGCUAUCGAUGAUAUAAGUUUUACAUCAUCAU